CUUACCUGGGACUGGAGAGGGCGAGGGAGGUCUGAGCGGCCCAAGGUGGAUCCCCGAGAGCAGAGCCAGCGACCACCCCCUGGGCCCGUCUGUCGGUGGCGAUCUUAGAAACUAGAAUGAACCGAAGCAUUCCCGUGGAGGUUGAUGAAUCAGAACCAUUCCCGAGUCAGUUGCUGAAUCCGAUCCCAGAAUACUCUCCAGAAGAGGAAUUGGAACCACCUGCUCCCAAUACAAGGAACAUGGCACCCAGCAGCUUGUCUGUGCUCCAGUGCCCUCCCCUGAAACUCGCAAAUCACCAGCCUGUGUCACAACAGGUCACCUGCCUGCGAGCUAAAGUCCUAGAGGAAGGUGAAGCCAGUUUCUUUAGAAGGCACCCUGAACUUGGCAAAGAUAUUUCCUCAUGCUCCUCUGGAGCCAGCGAGCCUGAGUCUGAGCUUGGAGCCCUCCCUCCAGAGCAUCGGUUCACACUUAUGGAAAAACGCAAUAGAUGGCUGGGAUCUCGGCUUUCAGCAGCUUCUCCUGACACUGGCCAUGAAUCAGACAAAUCAGACCCAAGUUUACCUAAUGCUUUGGCAGACUCCCUCAGUGGUGGCCAAGAGAUGAUGCCCCGGCCCCGGCCCCGGUCUGGGCCCCACAGACACAGGGCAGCCCCAGAUGUGCCCACGAUAGACACUGGCUAUGAUUCCCAGCCCCAAGAUGUCCUGGGCAUCAGGCAGCUGGAGAGGCCAUUGCCCCUCACUUCCUCAUGUUACCUGCAGGACCUCCCUGGGCCUCUGAGGUCCAGGGAAUUGCCACCUCAGUUUGAACUUGAGAGGUAUCCAAUGAACGCCCAGCUGCUGCCGCCCCAUCCUUCCCCACAGGCCCCAUGGAACUGUCAGUACUACUGCCCCGGAGGGCCCUACCACCACCAGGUGCCACAUGGCCAUGGCUACCCUCCAGCAGCAGCCUACCAGCAAGUCCUCCAGCCUGCUCUGCCUGGGCAGGUCCUUCCUGGGGCAAGGGAAAGAGGCCCACGCCCUGUGCAGAAGGUCAUCCUGAAUGACUCCAGCCCCCAAGACCAAGAAGAGAGGCCUGCACAGAGAGACUUCUCUUUCCAGAGGCUCCCAAGGGACCAGCUCUACCGCCUACCAUCUAAUGGAGUGGAAGCCCCUGAGGAGUCCUUGGACCUUCCUGCAGAGCUGAGACCACAUGGUCCCCAGGCUCCAUCCUUAGCUGCCGUGCCUAGACCCCCUAGCAACCCCUUAGCCCGAGGAACUCUAAAAACCAGCAAUUUGCCAGAAGAAUUACGGAAAGUCUUUAUCACUUAUUCUAUGGACACAGCCAUGGAGGUGGUGAAAUUUGUGAACUUUCUGUUGGUGAACGGCUUCCAAACUGCGAUUGACAUAUUUGAGGAUAGAAUCCGGGGUAUUGAUAUCAUUAAAUGGAUGGAGCGCUAUCUUCGAGAUAAGACAGUGAUGAUAAUCGUAGCAAUCAGCCCCAAAUACAAACAGGAUGUGGAAGGCGCUGAGUCGCAGCUGGACGAGGACGAGCACGGCUUACAUACUAAAUACAUUCAUCGGAUGAGAGGCAAGUGAAACAUGGGAAGGACACUUCUGUCAUGCCAAAAAAGCACGUGUCACAUUAGCUUCCUAAGCACAGGCUAUGCAGCCAUGGCCCAAGUUCUUAAAUCCUGCCCUUCUGCAACCCUGUUCACAAAAUGGAUCAUCACUAUACACGGUGCUGUGAAGAUAAGUGAAGUGAUUUCAAAGCAUUUGGCACAAGAAAACACUUAACCAAAGAGAUAUUUGUUCUUUUAUGAUAGGUGGGGAACAUUCUACUGCCAAAUCUGUGCCGUGGGGCUUGGUUACACUUAAACCAUGGGAGAAUUUAGAAGGAAUCAAACUUGCUCAACAACUUGGAGGAAAUAUUACCUAGCUUCAGAACUGUUUUAUAGACUGCUUGUCAUCUCGUCCUUUGUAGAUUUAGAGAUACGUUAGAGAUCAUUUCUAUUUAACUAGGAAGCCAGACUAGACCUGUGACCUUCACACUGUCCUGUGGGAACUAUGUGUCUGAAGGCAAGAGUGACCCUGGUUUCUCUGGCUUGUUUGUUUACCAAGGAUUCUGACAUUAGAGAAAGAGCAGGGAAGUCACUGGACUUGAACUCACAAGCCCAGUUUCAGUCUCAUCCGGCAUCACCCCUCACUGCAAAGACUAAGUAAGCAGCAUAGGGCAGGACGCAGUCAGUAGCCUCAGGCCACCUUUUCCCCAGGGGAAAGCAAAGUUGACCACCAUCCACCCUGUGGGUAGAGGGCAGGGAAGGUGUGUAAGCAGCAUCCUUAUCAUCUGAGUCUUUAGGAUCUCUGUCAGUGUGAACCACUUGUUUGAAUUUACAACCCAAAGUGGAAGCUAAGGUAAGGUGGUAAAAUUCAAGGGUCUGGCUAAGGGUCGGGAACUAAGUCUGCCUCAUAUCCAAUCUUACCCAGUGCCAGCCUGUGGAGUCUGAAAAAUAGUAUUCUUAGAAAUAAACUGAUCCAUGAAGGUCAUGACUGACUCUGGAUAUUUCUAUCCCUUAGCUGUCUGAAUCCUGUCUGCACAUUCCCAGAAUAUUGACAUUCUGUCUACAUCUCUAAGAACCUGCCAGUCCCAGGAACCAGCAGUUGGUACUUGGGAAGGACUCCAGGUCCCUACCAGUUCCUGGACAAACCUGUUUAGUUGUGCUAGUAUAUUGAAAAGCCAGCCAGUAAUACACACAGUUCAACCCAAUGACUGUGCCAGCUAUAGCCAUGUGGUCUCCAAAUUUGGUUUCUUGGCCCUAAUGUCUUUGGCUUCUCCUCAUCACAGGAGGGAGGGACUAGAUGUGCCAUCAAUAUCUCCCUAUUCAUAGGCUGACUUCCUGGCCUCCUCUAGGCACCUGAGUAGUUACUACACAAAUCAAACGAUGUCAUUAGAAAGCCAUUCUCUGAAAGAAAGUAUGAGAGACAAUAAAAGUAUACUGCUGAGGACUUGUCUUUGACAGAGCGGGAGCCUAGUGGACAAACCAAGUAGCCCACAUUGCCCUUGAAGCUGGAAUGAACCCUCCCUCUACUUUAACUCAGCCCCUGACUGCAGGCGCUUACUUCGAGAUGGCAUGGCUGGUACUUGAACUGAGUAUGUGGCAUAUGCUUUUGGUGUUGUCUUCUGUUUGGAAGGGAGCUGGCUCUGAGAAGACCCGGGUGGCAGA